UUUUUUUUUUUUUUUUCCUUUAAUUUUUUUUUUUUUUUUUUUUUUUUUUUUUUUUUUUUUUUUUUUUUUGCUCGCUUUCGCAGAGCGCACCGUCUGCAAGGGGCGCAACCGGGAGCUGAAGCUCGGCUGCAGGAGGAGCGAAGCAGCAAGUUCACAGCGAUCGACAUGACUGAAGAGACUUCUUUUCUGUCGGGGGACAGUUAAGUUCAGGCUCCCGCAUCAGCGUGUGGUGUUGCUGAGCCAAGACAAAAAGAGAGAAAGACAUUAAAAAAAGAAAAGAAAAGCCGUGCCGGUCUCUCAGAAGACGCGCGUCAAAGUUUUUCUUUUUCUUGUUGCUUUACUGUUUUUCGUUUCUUUUAUAUUAUAUUUUUUAUAUAUAUUUUUUUGGAAGAACCGAUCUGCGCCAAAACAAAAAAGAAGCAACGACGUAAAAAAAAAAAGAAAAAAAAACGCGGUGAUGGUUUGAACUGCAACUUCCAAAAAGAGAAAAAAAAAUCCCAAAGCAUCCAAAGAUGCGCUCCAAGAGAAAAGUUUAAAGAGAGAGACCACACGUCAAGUCGCUUCCUUUGAGGGGGGGCAGGAGGAGGUGCGAGCAAACAAAAAAAGAGAGAGAGAGAGAGUGCAAGAAGUGAGCCAAGAUUGGAAGACAGACUGUUCCAGAAGAGACUUUGAGAAGUUUUUUCUUCUUUUUUUUUUUCCAGCUCCAUCAAGGCUGAGCGAUGCGCACCAGAAACAGCGGAGUUUGAGCCCUACGCUCCUCUGUGGAGAGCUCCCUGUGAACGGGGCAGAACAGGAGAGAUUUUGGUGUGUUGUGUUGUUGAGGUGUGAGAGGAGGUGUGGGGGGAACGGACGGACGGACGGACGGAGGAGGAGGAGGAAGGGGGGAGAAGGAAAAAAGAGGAGAAAAAAACUCUAAUUGCUCAGUCCGUCCCUCAUUACCAUAUCCAAUGCGCGUCCGCUGGACCCCAGCCAAUCCUCCCCACCUUCACACGGUGCCAUUAAUCGCGAGGCAUUAUUCACUAUCAUAAUUAUUAUCCCGACAUGCGCAAUCCGACGCACAGCGACAGAGGCGACAGGAGCGGCAACACUGGCUAAUUUCCCCAGAUUGCAACCCCCCUCUUUCUCUCUCACACACACAAACAGCACAACACACACUUUCCAAAGCGCCGCAGACUGUUUGUGAACUUUUAUUAUUAAUAUUAUUAUUUUUUUUUACUUUUAUUUUUAUAUAUAUAUAUAUAUAUAAUUUAAAAAAAAACAAUUUUUUAAGUCGAUCUUCGCUGAUGCAUCUGCACAGCGCGGACACAUCAGCGUCAAAUCAGCGCAAGCAGCACCGCCAGCACUCACGCCUGCAGCCGAAGCAGCAGCAGCAGCAUGUCCCGACGCAAGCAAGCCAAGCCGCAGCACCUCAAGUCGGACGAGGAUCCCGCACUGACCGGGGUGAUCUCCGAGCACGCAGCCCAAGGUGAUGUGCUGGACGAUGCCGACAGCGGGAACGAGAGCCGCAGCGGCAGUGAAGAAACCCACGUGUGCGAGAAGUGUUGUGCCGAGUUCUUCAAGUGGUCAGACUUCUGUGAACAUUUAAAGAGCUGUACAAAGAACCCCCUUGUGCUCAUCGUGAACGACAAUGAGGACACGCCGAACCCUUCCCAGGAGUACCCUUCAGAGCCCUCGCCCAUCCCGAGCUGCAACAGCGAACAAGACGACAGCGAGGACGCCCGGGAGGGGAACCAGAGUCCUGCCGGCGAGGGCGACGACAUCCCAGAGACGGAUCCCUUAAAUGGGGUCAGUGUCCUGGAAAAGGAGGAUGAGCAGAUGGAGCUGGAGCUUUCUCCUGACAAAAAUAUAGACUCCGAAGAGAGAGACGUGACAUCACCCGAGCCAGAUGGCUCCCUACCUCAGCUAAGCGAUGUUGUCCCCUCUGCAAUUACGAGCUACACCAUGCCAAGCACCAAUGUUACCUUGGAGACCCUGCACGGUACUAGGGUUGCGGUUGCCCAGUUUUCGCAGAGUGUAAGGGCGGCGGCGGCAGCGGGCAGUGGGGUGUCCACUAUGGCUAUCCCUAUGAUCCUGGACCAGCUUAUGGCUCUCCAGCAGCAACAGAUUCAUCAGCUGCAGCUCAUAGAACAAAUACGAAGUCAAGUGGCCCUCAUGAACAGACAGUCUGCGCCACAACCUGCUCUCAGCCACCAUCACAACAGUGCUGCGGGAAACCAGGGCUCUGUAUCCUCCUGUGUCCCUCCCGUUGCAAACCAGCUUCAUUUACAUAACUUCAUCACACCUCCUGUCCAUCAGCUACCUGUCAGGUUGCCUGCCACCCUUAGUGCUCAAGGACCUUCACCUCUGACCUCAGCAAUAGAAGGGCCUCUCUCUCAAACACCGCAGAGCAGUACUCCGCAGUCUAACUCCUCAGUUCCAAACACAUCGUCAAACAACUCGCCAUUUCCACCACCAAGUGGUUCUGGCUUGCCAGCCCUACAUCCCACCUGCUCAUCCACUGUCUCAAAUAACAACAGUAGCACUAGUAGCAGCCUAACAGGAGGCGGGGGUGGUGUCAGCAGCACUUCAGCUCUUCCCAGGAACUCCACCACCCCUCCCUCGCUAAGUCACAGCAGCCUCCUGAACUCUGCCUCCAGUCUACCACUGAUACCUCACAGUUCCUCGAGCAGCGUCAUCUUCCCCAAUCCACUGGCUAGCAUAGCAGCCACAGCCAACGCACUUGACCCCCUUUCUGCUCUAAUGAAACACCGCAAGGGAAAGCCCCCCAAUGUGUCUGUGUUUGACACCAAGCCCAGCUCCGAAGACCCCUUCUUUAAGCAUAAGUGUCGGUUCUGUGCCAAGGUGUUUGGCAGCGACAGCGCCCUGCAGAUCCACCUGCGCUCUCACACUGGAGAGAGGCCCUACAAAUGCAAUAUAUGUGGCAAUCGUUUCUCCACGAAGGGGAAUCUUAAAGUCCACUUUCAGAGGCACAAAGAAAAAUACCCACACAUUCAAAUGAACCCUUACCCUGUACCAGAGUACCUGGACAAUGUGCCCACAAGCUCCGGUAUUCCAUACGGCAUGUCGCUGCCCCCUGAAAAACCUGUAACCACCUGGCUCGACAGUAAACCAGUCCUCCCCACUGUCCCCACAUCCAUUGGCCUCCAGCUGCCUCCAACGCUUCCCAGUAUGAUUGGAGGUUUUACAGAUUCUCCUAGCCUCACUCCGCUUAACAGGUCCCCUCAGAGGCCUUCGCCACCCACAAGUGAGUGUGCAUCUUUGUCCCCAAAUAUCGCCAAUGAUUCUGGCAUAACCACUACUUCACCCUCUCCGAAACCUAGCAUUGGGAGUGAUGCACCUCCGCUCCUGAAACCUGAAGGCAUUCUCUUGUCACCAAGUUGCCCUAUUAGGCCAGGAGAGAGCACAGCCACCACAACCACAGUAAGUCAAGCACUUCUUCCCACCACUGUCACCUCUACGACAUUGUCAGGCAGUGGCCAACUCACUGAGCCUAUCAGCAGUCCCAACUCCGCUUCAAACUCUGUCUCCCAUCCUGUCCUUCCAAUGCUUUCUGACCAGUUUAAGGCAAAGUUUCCCUUUGGAGGUCUCCUAGACUCUAUGCAAACCUCAGAGACGUCAAAGUUGCAGCAGCUUGUCGAGAACAUUGAUAAGAAGAUGACCGAUCCCAACCAGUGUGUCAUCUGCCAUCGUGUUCUGAGCUGCCAGAGUGCUCUGAAGAUGCACUACCGUAUCCACACUGGCGAGAGGCCUUUCAAAUGCAAGAUAUGUGGACGAGCAUUCACUACUAAGGGAAAUCUAAAGACGCACUUUGGCGUGCACAGGUCGAAACCACCACUUCGAGUCCAGCACUCCUGCCCGAUUUGUCAGAAAAAGUUCACCAAUGCUGUUGUGCUGCAACAACACAUCCGUAUGCACAUGGGAGGGCAGAUUCCCAACACCCCUGUUCCUGAAAGUCUGCAGGAGAUGGACACGGAUGUGUCCUUCGAUGAAAAGAGUCUAGAUGCAAUGAGUAACUAUGAUGACGACCUGCUGGAUGAAAUGGAGCAGGCUAUGGAUGAUGACAUGGACUUAAAAGACGGAGAAGUAGACCCUUCUAAACCCUAUUCACCUGGGAGCUCACCUCCAACAUCUAUCAUUUCUAGCAUUGCUGCAAUGGAAAACCAGAUGAAGAUGAUUGACUCUACUGCCAACAUAAGUCGCACAUUUGGCCUGAAGACUGCACAGAAUGGCAGCAGCUUUCCUGGGGAUACUGACUGCUUUACAGCUGAUUCCCUGGCUGCUGUGGGGGAUGCUGAAGGUCAGAGCUUGGGAAGCCCCGCUUUGUCAGAGUCCUCUGACUCUAUGCAGCAUUUGUCCCCAGCUCACAGCCAUUCUGAGAGCCAGCAGUCCAAGUCCCCAGCUACACUCAAUAACAACAACAGCAGCAGUGCAAUGACAGCAGAGGAGGGCCAGGAGAACAAUGCAUCUGGCCUGGCAACAGUGAAGUCAGAAAAAUCAGAGACCCCGUCUCCCCAUUCUGCUACUGAAGGGACUGGGGCCCUUGACCUGACUGCCACUCAACCUGGCAGGCACUUCAUCAAGGAGGAGAGCCACUUCAACAUGCUGUUUCUAAACAGAGAUCGAGGACUAAGUACUCCUAAUUUAGCCAGUACGGCAACAAACAUGAUCAAGAUGGAAAUUAAUGGACACGGGAAGUCUCUGAGCGACAGCGCUCACCUGCCCGUGGGCAUUCAGGUUCCAGCCGCAGCGCCCCCGACCACCAUGAGCCCCAGCAUCAACCCUAUGCUGGCACCGCCGCCUCCACGUCGCACUCCUAAGCAGCACAACUGCCAUUCAUGUGGGAAGAAUUUUUCCUCGGCCAGCGCGCUUCAAAUCCACGAGCGCACACACACGGGAGAGAAACCUUUCGCCUGCUCCAUUUGUGGAAGGGCCUUCACCACAAAGGGCAAUCUGAAGGUUCACAUGGGAACACACAUGUGGAACAACGCCCCCGCUCGCCGGGGCCGACGCCUGUCGGUGGAGAAUCCCAUGGCCCUCCUGGGCGGCGACGCCAUGAAGUUCAGCGAGAUGUUUCAGAAGGACCUGGCGGCCCGCGCCAUGAACGUGGACCCGGGCUUCUGGAACCAGUACGCAGCCGCCAUCACCAACGGCCUGGCCAUGAAGAACAAUGAGAUUUCUGUGAUUCAGAACGGAGGCAUCACCCAGCUGCCCGUCAGCCUCGGCGGGACGGGAAUCACUUCCUUGGGAGCCAUGCCUGGAGGUGGCAUGGACCGUGUUCACACUGGCAGAAGCUCCCCCAUCACGGGUAUGGAGAAGUCUGGUCUGGAGGUUCCAGCCAGUCGACCCUUUUCCAGAUAUAUGGAGGAGAACAAAGAGAUUGGGAUCAACUGAAAACUUGUCUGUAUUGUAGCAGUUUGGCAAAGACUUAAAGUAUGAUGAGAAAAUUACUGAGGAAAAAAAAAGAAAACAAACAAACUGCUGAUCCAGUCUAAACUCAUGCAUACUUCUUUGUGUACAGAUUUUUUUUUUUGUUUGGUUUUGGAAUUAUGGUAUUUAGUAUUGAUUAGAGGCCUUUGCCUUUCACCCACUCCCUUCUCACUUGAUAUUUCAUCUAUACAAAGAAAACUUUGUCUCUUGUUUGAGAAUAUGUCGUCUUGCAAGAUAUGCAUGGUACUUCUUUGUUUUUAUUGGUAUGUUUGACUGCUUUUAUGAAUUCCUUUGGAAACCAGGAUCCUGCCUAAGCGACAAUGGGCAAGCAUCUUUUAACGGAUAGGACAAAGUUCACACGGGAACAAUUUUGUUUAACGACAGUCUGACACUUGUCCAGCAGCCCCCGUUAGCGGUAGCUCUUUUAAACGCACGGGCCAAGGCGAAACUGAAGAAAAGACUGAAGUGUAGUGUUUUCGUGCUCGCUUGAUACAACCUUUGUUUUUUUGUUUUUUUUGUUUGUUUUCUCAUGAACUAGAAAACUUGAAAAAAUAAUGUUUGAACUAUUUUAAUCUUUACAUUUAGUCUCUCAGCAUUGUCUUAUAAUGUUGUCCCGUGUCUUUAGUAUUUAUGAUAUUGACAAAAAAAAAAAGCGGGUAUUCAAAAAUAUAUUUAACAGCCCAAGCAUUUUUUUUUUUUUUUUUUUUUUUUUUUUUUAUAAACAGCAGGCUUCACUGAUGAGUAUCUCUGUUAAUAAAGGCAGUGUGUCACUUGAGUUGACCAACAGAGAUAAAAUUGUAGGUUUUAUUUGGAUAUCUAUUGACACCAUGUGUAUCUUCUCACAUGACAAGGAGGCAAGAGAUAUCCAAAGCUGCUAUGACCACAACCCUGCUUUUAACCUUUGUAAAAAAAUAAAUAAAUAAAAUAAAAAUAAAAAUAAGAAGGAAAAAAAAGAGGUGAACCUUUUGAAGAAAUAUCUAUGUAUAGAAAUACAGACAAAUCUAAAACAGGUAUGCAUAUUUUGUAUCACAUAAAAUAGACAUCAUGAGUUGAGAGUUAUUUGUCAUGUUUGUGAAUGCACUUUUUAAAAACAAGACGUUUUUGUCUGUGAGUUACCGUUAACCUUUUGACUGAGCUAUCUAUCACGUGCUGUUUUCAUUGUUUUCAGCAAACCACUGCUCCAGCUGACUGAGUCGGUUCUCUGUUAUUGCAUCUGUUGCAACUCGUCAAGAGUGCAAAACUCAUCGCCCAAUCAAACCCCCUCCCCUCCCCCCCUCAAAUAAAAAAGGAAAACAGG